AGGUCCCCCCCCCCCCACCACGACCAGGCGUGUCCAUCCCACGGCGAAAGUUCCACGCGCGGCCACCGCCGUCACCGCCCGUGCCCUUGUGGAGCCGUGGGAGAUUUUGAAGAGACACGCGAGGUGAUGUUGGUGACGACGGUGGUGGUGAUGAUGAUGGUGGUGAUGGUUGUGGAGUCGUGAUGUGCUGCUGCUGCUGGUGCUACAGCUGCUACGGCAUUCCUGCCAUGCCCGGGCUAGUGGCGUGAGAGACGGAGAGGGGAGGAGACCUUUCGGGAACGCAGUCGUCGCCAUCGUCUCAGGACAAGACCGGUGUGGCGUAGGUGGGCCGGGAGGGGGGGCAGCAACCAUGGAGGGGUCAGGCACGGAGGGGGUCUCACGAGACCCCCGAGGCGCUGAUGGCGAGGUGGGAUCGGCCACCCGGGUAAUGCCCGGGAGCCGGCAGGCGCGCUUUACGGUGAGGUCGGCCAGAACUGCGCCUGUCAUCGGCUCCAUCCAGGAACGUGGGGAGGAGGACUACCAUCCUCACUCGGACGGCUGGGCCCCAGGCGAGCAGUCCGACAGCAGGGUCCGCCAGGCUGCACUCAGCGGCACGGGGGAGCCCUCCGCCGAGACCACGGACGAGAGAGACUGGGGGCACAGGGGGACGGCGGGGGGUCCGGGGGCAGCCGCGGAGAACUCCGAGGUUCACUCGCCGCUCCGUCGCCGCGGAGAGGACGACGUGGAUCCAGAGCACCCCGCAAUCGACAAGCCAUCGUAUAGAAGAUUUGCCGCCAUCCCUGUGAACUCCCUGCUGCUCGACCAGAAGGUGGUCGAGCGAGGAGCGUCUAUGCGAGACUGGAACAGCCUGCCAGACGUGGCGUGUGAAGCCAGUGACCAGGCUUCGUCGUGGGACGCGUGGCCCGGCCCGUCCGAAAGCUGGCCGAGUCGGAGUGCAGCCCAAAGACGAGCGCAGAGCGUCUCGCCUCAAGCGUGGAGCGGUGGCAGGGAGACCAAAUACGCGACCAUCAGCCUUUCCCGGCCGCCAAGCUGGGACCAAGACAAGAACCCCGCUUCGUCGUGGGACGCGUGGCCCGGCCCGUCCGAGAGCUGCCUGAGUCGGAGUGUAGCCCAGAGACGAGCGCAGAACGUCUCGCCUCAAGCGUGGAGCGGCGGCAGGGAGACCAAAUACGCAACCAUCAGCUUCAAUCGCUCGCCAAGCUGGGACCAGGAGAAGUCGCCCGCAACCAUCGUCUACACCCGCCCGUCAAUCUGGGAGCAGCAGCACACGGAGCCUAUAACGAAACCAGGCCGGAUCGUGUCCCUGGCACGAGAGAAGAAGGAGGGGGGAGGGGUAGCGGGCCCCCCCUCGCAGCCCCGGGCUCACCGCCCUCCUCACCAAUCACCCUCGGACCUCCCGGCCGCCGCGCACAGCGCCAAGGUGAUGGCGGCGGGCGUCUCCAUGACGACGAUCCACGAGAACGAGGAGCUGCCCUCGACCCUGCCGCGCGUCUCGUCCCGCCGCACGCAGGGAGGCUGGGCGGCCACACCGUCUUGGAACACCGUCCCGAGGCAUCACUACAGCCACAUGCAAGGAGCCGCUGGAAAUCAAAGCGACCCCGAGAAGCCUUUUCCUCCCUUUCCAAGAAUAUCCGCCGACAGGAAGCCGCUCUACCGCGAGUUCGCAGCCAUCCCAUCCCGACAUUCCCAGGAGGGUGACCACGACGAGAGGCCCUCGAGCGGGGUGAGCUUCGUGUGAGAAGAGAGAAGGGAGCGUCGGGAGCGCUGGUAGCGCCGGGAGCGCUGCGUGCGUCUCGCGUAGCUGCAGACGGCGGUGCACGGCGGCAGCGUCGUCGAGACGGCGCGGACGGGGAAACUGCGACUGCUCCAACGAAUGAAUGGGAAAAAUGCAGCGGAACAUGGAACUCGGGGAAGAUCGGCGAUUGACGAGCGGUGAUUUGGCGUCAGCUGCGUCUCCAGGCAGUCCCAAUUUAGUCAUCUACAGGAACUGCCCCGUCGACGUGCAACGUCGGGCCAACGUUGGUUGACAUUGGCCCGACGUUCCGUGUUUAUGGGGUACCGUGCCAUUAGAUUGCGCGUUUCAGAAUUGGUUUGCGAUUGCACGUGUUUUUUUUUACCAUUUAUUUAUUUUAUAAUUGUUAUCUUACAUAAAGCAAUCUAAAUAUACAUUACGCGCUGUGGAUGGACUAAACGGGCAAAACCGGGGUACCCCACCGCUGAAUUAUCCCGGUGUUUGGAGGACACUGCAGUGUCCACCCUUCAGUGUGCACGGCUUGCUUGCACAACUGCCGUGAGCAUUACGCGGUGGUGGCAUCACUUCAUUAUGACGGUCGAGUGGGUCAUCGACUGCCAAUUUUGCAAAAAGUGAAAUGUGUAAGCUUCCACUUACAAAGACCGGAUGAGGCUUACGUGUGAAAUACUCGCUCCGUGAUCGAGACCAGAGGCCCUCUGCUGAAGUAUGAAAUAUUAGAAAUCAUCUUUCAGGGGGGACAGGUCUCAGAUAUUUUGUCCAUUCACAGCCCUUUGAGUUUCAGUUGAUGAAAUAUUAAUGGAGACUGCUCGCUUUAGUGUUUGUGUUGUGGCGUAGGGUUAGGGGUCACGGUUUUGUGAUGAGAAACUGCCUUGGGUUCAAGGCCCAGACCCAUGAGGCCUAGGCAAAGGCCGAGGUCAAAGCCGCAGGCCAAGCCGAGGCCGCGGCCGGGAGGUCUUCAGGUAAAGGCCGCCGUCAAGGCCAGAUCCUCUCGGCGGAGUUCAGUGGGGCGGUGACACGGCUGAGUGGUAGAGCGUUUGCUGCUGAGGUUAGAACCCCCCAGCCGCCCUGGUUAUUACUGCGGAUGUAUUGUUAACCAAGGCUGGUUAGAGGCGGGGUAUACAGUUAGAGCUUAGAGUUUAACGUUAUGGGUUAGGCUUAGGCGGUCGGGCUUAUGGUUAUGGUUAAGGGUUUAGGAGCUAGGGUUUUGGGUUAGGGGUUUGGAUGAGGUGAGAGUUGGGGACAGUAGUACCUACGACUACAUUUCUUGCCCCGCAUCUGCGGAGAUAGUAUCGGCUGCACGGUAUACAAUACGCUACGCACAUACACGGUGUGCCAUGAAUGAUUGUGGAGUCAGGGUAUCAAACAGCCGGGACACAGGCCCCAUGUGAGCCCUGGUUUACCAGUAACAAUUUUUUUUAUGGUUUAAGUGGCAAAACAUCUAAAUGCAGCCGCCCUUCUGAAAAUGAUUCUUCAAACAGCGAGGCAUUCUUGGAUAAAUAAAUGUAAUUAUUGCAAUGAUUGAGAAGACAACACGGCCUAGGAGUUGCGGUUGAUGUUAUGGUAUGAAAAGCACUCCCCAAAUUCUCAAAAAAAUAUUCUCGAAGGACCCAAGAAUGCGAGCUGCGACGAGAUAACAUCUCGCUGAGAUGACGAGAGGUUAUCUGCCUCGCAUGGUAUGCAGGAGGUCUUGUUUUGGAUCCCAACCCUGAAGAUGCCUGUUGUAUAUUGGAGUUUGUGUGUUCUAUUUCAGCGAGUGGAUUUUUUUUUCUCCGAGUCCUCUGGUUUUCCCCAUCCACAUGAAGAAACGUAUUUAUAUUAUUUGGCUGCUACUAUAAAUUACCACGUGCGAUGAUGAUGACGACGAUGACGAUAAGACACUUAGAUGAGCUAUCGUGUGUUACCAGGUCAGCUCUGAUUAAAUAGCUAAUAUCUCAGUGGGCUUUAAAUGGUGAAACCAACAUAGUAGCAGUAGGGUCGGCGAAGCUCCGAGGUUGAGGCUUGAGUGCUGCAGCGCGAUCGGCAUGGAUCCUUGUGCAAGGAAUGUAAGUGGGGUCCCCCCCUGUUCAAAUUCCUCUCUGAUUCACAGCCUUGGCGCUUGGAUCCGCCAAGCCCAUGUGAGGUCAGAUGCAGUUGCACCGCCCGUAUACACUCAGUAAAAAAAAUAUUAUUAUCAUCAUAUCCAAUUGUUAUACUCCAUAGUGAUGCCACUGAUCAGCCGCGAAGUCUGCGCAGAGCGCAAAAAGCCGAGUUGAGUGCAAGCGUGGACGCGAAUGUCCACUGCACGUCCACGUCGUGACGGCGUGGCUAAAGCGCGACGAUCGCCCCGGACGAUCGCCUGGUCGUUGGGUCGACGAUGGAAUCAAGGGCGCAACGCUUUCGCCAUAGUAGCCGCGCUACUUUGCGCCGUGGCAUCUCAGCGCGCGAUGAGCAACUCGCGUCGCAUCUCAUCUCGCACGUGUGGAAGUGGCAGGUCUUGCUGUGCAGCACGAGGCCUGCAAGCGGGCAUUAGUCUGCCAGCAGGGGGCGAUUAUUGCUGCUUGUGUGUAAUCUCAUUUGAGUAAUUUGGACUCGCAGUGCACACGUGACGCUAUUUCGUGGCAUUUUUGUUGUUGUUAUAGGAGUCCUGCAUGGCGUGAAAACACCGGGUGUUACUGGGAAACGUAUAACAGGUCGGCCUUUUGAGUUUCUGUAUAGAAGCGGAAUGUUUAUUUGUAAUACUUUGCAGUGUGUAUCAUUCAAUAAAA